AUGUCAUCAAGUUCGUCUGCAUCCACAACAGUUAGUAAUAAUAAUAAGACAAUUUUUAAUGAUGCUGAAACUGAUGCUUUUCAAGGUCUUGAUAUUUCACGCCUAUCAACCGAAGAUAUUAUUGCUCGCUCACGUUUGUUAGAUAAUGAAGUUAAAAUCAUGAAAAAUGAUAUUGUCCGCAUCUCACAUGAAAGUCAAUCAAUGCGUGAUAGAAUCAAAGAAAAUAAAGAAAAAAUAAAAGUUAAUAAAACUUUACCAUAUCUUGUUUCAAAUGUUAUUGAAUUGUUUGAUCUUGAUCCACAAGGCGAAGAAGAUGAAGGAGCGAAUAUUGAUCUUGACGCGCAACGUAAAGGAAAAUGUGCAGUUAUAAAAACAUCAACACGACAAACUUAUUUUUUACCUGUUAUUGGUCUUGUUGAGCCAGAAGAAAUGAAACCAGCCGAUUUAGUCGGUGUUAAUAAAGAUUCCUAUUUGGUAUUAGAAAAAUUACCUGUGGAAUAUGAUUCACGUGUUAAAGCAAUGGAAGUCGAUGAAAGACCAACUGAACAAUAUGGUGACAUUGGUGGUUUAGAUAAACAAAUUCAAGAAUUAAUUGAAGCUGUUGUCCUACCAAUGACACAUAAAGAUCGUUUUGAAGCUCUCGGCAUUCAACCACCUAAAGGUGUUCUUCUUUACGGUCCACCAGGCACUGGCAAAACUCUAUUAGCACGUGCUUGUGCUGCACAAACUAAAUCAGCAUUCUUAAAAUUGGCGGGACCUCAACUUGUACAAAUGUUUAUUGGUGACGGAGCAAAAUUAGUACGUGAUGCAUUUGCAUUAGCCAAAGAAAAAGCACCGGCAAUUAUUUUUAUUGAUGAAUUAGACGCAAUUGGAACAAAACGUUUUGAUAGUGAAAAGGCUGGAGAUCGAGAAGUACAAAGAACUAUGCUUGAACUUCUCAAUCAAUUAGAUGGAUUUCAACCAAAUCAUGAUAUUAAAGUUAUUGCAGCUACAAACCGCGUUGAUAUUCUCGAUCCAGCUUUAUUACGUUCUGGACGACUUGAUCGUAAAAUUGAAUUUCCACAUCCAAAUGAAACUGCUCGUGCGCGUAUUAUGCAAAUUCAUAGUCGUAAAAUGAAUACAAACAAAGAUGUUAAUUUUGAAGAAUUAUCUCGCUGUACAGAUGAUUUUAAUGGUGCACAAUGUAAAGCUGUUUGCAUCGAAGCUGGCAUGAUAGCAUUACGCCGUGGUGCAAGUGAAGUUCAGCAUGAAGAUUUUAUGGAUGCUAUUCUUGAAGUACAAGCUAAGAAGAAAACGAAUUUGAACUACUAUGCUUGA